UCUUAGACCUCUAUCUUCUUUCGGUUGGUUUACAACUUUAGUUCUAAAAUCCCUUGGAUUCCUUCUGUCUACUAAUCGCCUCUUUCAUUCUUAAUAUUUCCCUCCCAUUUCCUGGUUUUGAGUUCACUUUUCUUUCUUUACAAUUGAAUUAAAAAAGACCGAUAAUGCCGGCUGCAGGAGGAAUUGGCCCCGGUAAUGGGAAGGAGUACCCGGGAAACCUUACCCCAUUCGUCACUGUAACAUGUAUUGUUGCUUCCAUGGGGGGUCUGAUUUUCGGUUAUGAUAUUGGGAUUUCUGGUGGGGUGACGACUAUGGCGCCAUUCCUGCAAAAGUUCUUCCCAAAAGUGUGGGAGAAGAAGGAAGCUGAUAAGUCGACGAAUCAGUAUUGUCAAUACGAUAGCCAAACCCUGACGAUGUUCACAUCAUCGCUGUAUUUGGCCGCUCUGUUGGCUUCCGUGGUAGCCUCCACCGUCACUCGUAAACUCGGAAGGAAAUUGUCCAUGCUUUUCGGUGGUUUACUCUUCUUUGUCGGAGCUCUUAUCAAUGGCUUUGCCAAAGCUGUUUGGAUGUUGAUUGUUGGUAGAUUGUUGCUAGGUUUCGGUGUCGGAUUUGCUAAUCAGUCUGUGCCACUUUACCUCUCAGAAAUGGCACCCUACAAAUAUAGAGGAGCAUUAAACAUUGGCUUUCAAUUAUCAAUUACAGUUGGUAUCCUUGUUGCCAAUGUGUUGAAUUAUUUCUUCGCUAAGAUCAAAGGUGGCUGGGGCUGGCGCCUUAGCUUGGGUGGUGCAAUGGUCCCUGCCCUUAUCAUCACAAUUGGAUCCCUCGUCCUCCCGGACACACCAAACUCCAUGAUCGAACGUGGCCAAACCGAGGAAGCCAAGACCAAACUCAAGAAAAUUCGAGGUAUCGAUGAUGUUGAGGAGGAGUUUAAGGACCUCGUAGCUGCUAGUGAUGCAUCGAAGCUUGUGGAUCAUCCUUGGACUAACUUGUUGCAGAGGAAAUACAGGCCUCAUUUAACCAUGGCCGUCUUGAUUCCUUUCUUCCAACAACUAACAGGCAUUAAUGUCAUUAUGUUUUAUGCUCCCGUGUUAUUCAAUACAAUCGGUUUCGGAGACGAUGCUUCCCUCAUGUCUGCAGUGAUCACUGGUAUUGUUAACGUUGUUGCAACAUUAGUUUCGAUCUAUGGUGUCGAUAAGUGGGGAAGGAGGUUCCUUUUCCUUGAGGGUGGAGUUCAAAUGUUGAUCUGUCAGGCUGUUGUGGCAGCUUCCAUCGGUGCUAAGUUCGGUACUAGUGGGAAUCCUGGUGAGUUGCCUAAGUGGUAUGCCAUUGUUGUGGUGCUUUUCAUCUGCGUUUACGUAGCCGGAUUCGCGUGGUCUUGGGGACCCUUGGGAUGGUUGGUGCCUAGUGAAAUUUUUCCAUUGGAAAUCCGAUCGGCUGCGCAGAGUGUCAAUGUGUCGGUCAACAUGCUCUUCACAUUCGCGGUGGCUCAAGUGUUCUUAAUCAUGCUUUGCCACCUGAAAUUCGGGCUGUUCCUUUUCUUUGCCUUCUUUGUGGUGUUGAUGUCCAUCUUUGUGUACUACUUCUUGCCGGAGACAAAGGGUAUUCCAAUAGAAGAGAUGAACCAAGUCUGGAAAUCUCACUGGUAUUGGUCUCGAUUCGUCGAAGAUCACGACCACCCCAAUGGAGGCAUGGAGAUGAGCAAGGGAGGCCUUGGUCCCAAGAAUGUGUAACUCGGCUCAACCAAACCAUGGAUUGAUUAUUUACCUUCUUUAAAUAGUA